AUGGAGGACGGGUCCGAGGCGGAAAAGAUCUCACAACUCCAAUCCCGGCCCGUCGUCUGCGGGGAAGAUGCGUCGAUUUUGUCGAAAGAGACCGUCUCGUACAUAGAAACGUUGCUAUCGCCCAGUCCAGAGUCUCUAGAAUUACGGCAACUUCUCCAGUACACCGAUGUUGUUGCCUCACUGCAAGCCCUCGACGUUGUCGUGGAAGAGGUGUACGGCGCAGAACGCGAUUACAAUGGCCCGGGGACGAGCCAGGAGCAUCAGCUUCUGGAUCAGCAGCCUUCCACGAGUGCAGCCUGUGCCUCACAAGACGCUUGCCGGUCGAUGUCAUCGAGCGCUCAACGAGCCGGCACCAGCCAUGAAGACUAUCUACCGACGUCGUUUACAGGCGAUGAUGACGAUGAUAUUCUGAUGGACUCCGUCUCAAGAGUACGUCUCGUCCAAUUCCAAAAAGACUCCGAAGAGCCGAUGGGGAUCACGUUAAAAGUCACCGAGGAAGGCCGCUGUUUCGUGGCGCGGAUCAUGCACGGCGGGAUGAUACAUCGGCAAGCUACCCUACACGUUGGAGAUGAGAUUCGAGAAAUCAACGGUGUCUCCGUAGCCCAUCGAUCAGUCGAAAGCUUGCAGCAAAUGUUGAGGGACGCACGAGGACAGGUAACCUUCAAAAUCGUGCCCUCCUACCGCUCGGCCCCUCCCGCCUGUGAAAUAUUCGUGCGAGCCCAAUUCGACUACGAGCCCGGCCAGGAUGACUUGAUACCCUGUCCCCAGGCUGGGAUGGCGUUUAAGACAGGCGAUAUUCUGCAGGUGAUCUCCAAGGACGACCACAACUGGUGGCAGGCGCGGUUCAUCUCCGGGUUUCCCGGGCUCGGAAACCCGAAUAAAGAGGCCCAAACAACAGCCGGCUUAAUCCCCAGUCCCGAGCUCCAAGAAUGGCGAACGGCUUGUUUGGCGAUGGAACGGGCGAAGGAUACUUGCCUCCCCGCGCACUGUAUGUGGUUCAACAAGAAGAAGAAGUACUACUCCACCAAGUACCUUCAGAAACAUUCGACUCUGUUUGACCAGCUCGACCUGGUGACAUACGAGGAGGUAAUGCGAUUGUCACAAUACCGCCGAAAAACCUUGGUACUCCUUGGCGCCCAUGGCGUUGGCCGAAGACACAUCAAAAACACUCUCAUCCACCGCCACCCGCAGCGAUUUGCAUAUCCGAUACCACAUACCACCCGGCAACCUCGAAAAGACGAGCUCGACGGCAAGCACUACUUCUUCGUCUCCAACGAGCAGAUGAUGGUCGAUAUUCAGAAUAAUGAGUAUUUGGAGUAUGGCACGCAUGAGGAAAGCAUGUACGGCACGAAACUUGAGACGAUUCGGAAUAUCCAUAAGAGCGGAAAAGUGGCGAUAUUGGAUGUGGAGCCACAAGCCCUAAAGGUCCUCCGGACCGCCGAGUACUCACCAUUCGUCGUCUUCAUUGCCGCGCCGAAUUUGCAAGGGUUGCAAGAUCCCGACGGCUCCCUGGAACGCCUCCUGAAAGAAUCGGAAAUCCUCCGCCAAGCCUUCGGCCACCUGUUCGACUACGUGAUCGUCAACAACGACAUCGACGAGACGAUCGCGCAGCGUGAGCGCCUUGUCGAGAAGCUGAACGUCAGCCCACAGUGGCUGCCCGUCAGCUGGGUGUAC